AUGCCUGGUAAAAGGCAACGAAGUUGUCGAUCUACAGAAGGUAGACAACGUGACAAGGCAAGAAGAACAAAACGUCGAAUAACGGCAGCCAGAGAGAGAGACGAAGCAAUUCGAAUCCAGCUAGCUAAUUUGGAAGAGCAAGAGAACUUCAACUCGAGUCACGGCUCCGACUCAGACCAAAUCGACGAAACACCACGCUUAGCCAUUGACUCGCUCAUUCCAGCUGCAUCUCCACGCCAUCCCUCAUCGCAAAACCACCUUCUUGAACAGCACGAGGAGCAGUCAAUCACCCCACUACCAAAUUUAUCAUCAUUGAACGAGCGUUCGGUCGUUUACCGGCCUGAAUCUCCCCCCUCUUCCACAUCAACCCCGGAGCGUUCGGUCAUUUACCGGCCUGAAUCUCCUGUCUCAUCAACCUCCGAUCGCUCGGUCGUUUGCCGGCCCGAAUCAUCACCCCACUAUUUUUUCUCCUCGACGCCGGAGCGUUCGGUCGUUUACCGGCCUGAAUCGCCGAGCCCAUUGCUCUCACUCAUUCGUCCGGCGCAACAGUAUUCGGCCGUACAACUGCCAGAAUUACUAGCUAGCUUAACCCCCACUCCAACUCACGAGAAAACGCCAGAGAAGAAAUCACUCGAACGACAGGCGAGAGAGGUGUCCCGAUCCAUAGAGAGGCCCCGCACAGUCACUCCCGCUAUUUCAAAGGCGCCCAUCAUAAAUCCACCUCAUUCCGAACCACAGCCCAGUCAAACCUGGGAGAUUCUCACCACACCAAACCCAAGCAACCCUUUCUGGCAAAAUCAAGAAACCGUCAGUAGUUCAGCCGCCACGACAGUAGCCACUUCCAGCAAUCAAGCCACCGUGGUCCAACGACCACUCGCAACUACCCCUGCAAUUACAGACCAUCUCACCGUAAACAGCGACAAUACAGUUCCUCCGAUCCCGACAGCAACAACUAUGGCGACCCCGAAUCCGACGGCUCCAAGGACAACCGCCGUAUCACUUAAUCAGCCAGUUCCAUCCACCGCUGCAUUACCCCGUGAUAACACGGCUCGUCCAUCCGUAACCAUCCCGACCGUCUCCAACCAACAAGUACAGCCAAUCUCAAAUGUCAACGUUACUUCAACGGUUCAAUCUACUCAAGCUCCAGCUACUCCCUAUAAUCAUACUAUAGUCACCGGACCGCCUGCAACGACAAGAUCGACCCCAGUGACUCAGCACAACGUUACGUUCACAACCGAGACAAACUUCCACCGUCCGCGGCCAUCAACGACGACAGUAACGUCCGUCAAUCAGCCAAAUUACUUUCCAAACACACAAACAGUACCGACCGCAUCAUCGGCCGGCUAUUUUACAAUCACGGGCGGUUCAAAUUACACCACGCAGCCAAGCCCUAGAACUUUCUUUUCAUUGCCUGACGGCAAACCAGCAUCGUAUGGUUUCCAACAACCUGAUAUGUGGAUCACUAAUUUAGGCGUGCCGGACUUCAACCAGCCUGCUCCGCAUUCAGCUCCCCCCAGAGCGCCACAAAUGUCGAUCCAGACGUUUUCUGGCGACCCGCAAGAUUGGCCGUCCUUUAUCGCGGGCUUCAAGAUACUUAUACAUGAUGCUUGUACUUCGGAUGCAGAACGCCUUUAUCAUCUACGCAAUAGCUUACGCCAUGACGUUCGUGACCGUAUCGGUGAUGCACUUUUACACCCAGGCCUCUACCCACAUGCCCUGAAGGAACUUCAUCGAAAAUACGGCAACCCCCAAUUAGUAGCCCAGGCUUGUAACGAAAAACUAAUGGCGCUCUCGGCCUUUAAAGAAGACGAUUACAAAGCACUGCAAAAGUUCAGCGCCAAGGUACGAGGGGUAGUGUGCACGCUGAAGUACGGCGGCUACGAGUCUCAACUGGGAUGCUAUGCCAUUAUCCAACAACUUGCUGCUAAACUUCCCAUCAGCCUCCGCAAGAGUUGGGGAAAGAAGAGCUGGAGUCUCCAGCCGAGACUCCCCACGCUUGUCGACUUUGACGAUUGGCUAGACGAGUUGUACAUGGAAGAAUCGAGAACACAAACAUCGGCACCAAGAGACAGUAGCAGAGACAAACAGUAUCGUGACCGUCACGCUGUCUUCAAUAUAUCCCCCGAUGAAACAAACGCAGCAAAUGGCUGUCCAGCAGGAUGUAAAGAAUCCCAUCAACUCGAUCACUGCCAACGCUUCAAGGGCUUAUCCCCAGAAAAACGAGCCCAGCUCAUCAAAGGAAAAAGACUCUGCUUUCGUUGUUUAAAGGGAGGCCAUCGAAGUAUCGAAUGCGGCCAAGACAAAAACUGUCCGAUUGAAGGCUGUAAAUACCGGCAUCACGUCCUCCUCCAUGGCGCCCCAGUCAUGUGGCGAUCUAACCCAAGACAGCACCAACAACGAAGCAGAGACAGCUAUACAAUAUCCCAGUUUUGUGGCUUCACCUACCCAAUCGACGAUUAUACCUUCCUACCGAUAGUUCCAAUCAUUGUACGCGCCAACGGAAAAGGAAUUCAAGACCUAUGGACUUCUCGACCGCGGUAG